AUGGAUGAAUCGUCGCUGUUGGAUUUACUGGAGUGCUCGGUGUGUUUGGAGCGGCUGGACGCGAGCGCUAAGGUGUUACCGUGUCAGCACACGUUCUGUCGCCGCUGCCUCGAGAGCAUCGUGAGCUCGCGCCGCGAACUGCGCUGCCCAGAGUGUCGCGUGCUGGUCGACUGCGGCGUCGACGACUUACCGGCCAACAUCCUCCUCGUGCGACUGCUGGAUGGCCUUAAGCACCGCGCGCCCGUGCGCCCGCUGGGCUCCGGUAGCGCAUCUCCUCCUGCCGGUACCGCCGCGGUGCGGGACUCGCCCAGCGCCACGCGCAGCUCCCCUGUCAAGAAUGUCCCUCAGCUGCCUUGUGGCAAGGCCCUCUACAGCUAUGAAGGCAAAGAGCCAGGCGAUCUCAAGUUCAACAAGGGGGACAUCAUUAUCCUGCGACGAAAAGUGGAUGAGAACUGGUACCACGGAGAGCUGAACGGUAGUCAUGGCUUCCUGCCAGCCAGCUACGUGCAGUGCAUCAGGCCACUCUCGCAAACACCACCGCAGGGCAAAGCAUUGUAUGACUUUGACAUCAAGGACAAGGAUCAGGACAAGGACUGUCUCACCUUUGUAAAGGAUGAGAUUCUGACAGUGAUCCGACGGGUGGAUGAAAACUGGGCAGAAGGAAUGCUGGGAGAUAAAAUUGGCAUUUUUCCUAUUCUGUACGUAGAGUUAAACGAAGCAGCAAAGCAGCUGAUGGAAAUGGACAAAUCUGUACCCGGUCCCAGCACAGAAACUGAAACUCCAACUACUUGCCAUGAUGAAGGGAAUGGCGAAGCACCCCGGCAGCGGGCAGAAGGAAAGAAGAACGCAAAGAAACGUCACUCGUUCACGGCGCUGAGCGUGACGCAACGCACAGCUCUCGCUAACAACAACCGCCACUCGAUGGAAAUUAACGCGUCUGAUCCGAGAACAAGGAUGGGAGAGUACAGCCACCUCAGCUCCAGUGCUCCAACCUCACAGGAAUCUUCAUAUAUUGCAGGAGCAGCAGUGCAGCCUCGAGUCACUCCAACUUCUGGAGAACUUUUAGCUGCUGCUAAAGUUCAGCUUCCUCUAAACAUCUACUUGGCUUUGUAUGCGUACAAACCACAAAAGGCAGACGAGCUGGAGCUGAGGAAAGGUGAAAUGUACCGUGUGAUAGAGAAGUGCCAAGACGGCUGGUUCAAGGGAACAUCGUUACGAAGCGGCGCCUCUGGAGUGUUUCCUGGGAAUUACGUCACUCCCGUCUCCAGAGCUCCAUUUGCUGUCGGCCAAUCACGUGCCUGCAUACCCAGCUCAGUAAUUAAGGCAGUUCCUGGUUCUCCUGGAUCACCACGCCCCUCCAGCCCAAUCCUGAUUGGCCCAACCCCUCGCCCUACCCCACACAUGACCACAAACCCCUCACCAUUAAUGGUCACAAGUCCGGUCCCGUCUUUGGUCACAAGUCCGGCUUCUUCACUGGCCUCGAGCCCCGCCUCCUCUCCUCACCUAAAGAACUGCCUGCGAAUGUGCAGCCAGCCGCCACUCGGAGGCAGUCCUCACUCCUCACCGUCUCGCUCUCCCACUCCCCUGUGUUCCCGCUCUGCCAUGAUCUCAUCACCUCAGUCUCACCUGAUUACCUCACUCACUUCUGGUGUCACUCAUACAAAUGGGCCGGAGCCUUCAGAAUGUCCUUCAUCACCUAAACUAGAGGAAAAGAAAGUAGAGAAGAAAGAAAAGAAGAGCGGUGUCCUACUCAAGCUACUGAAGAAGAAAUCACGUUCACCUCCUUCCUCAUCCCCAACUCAUGAUCCCACUACCUCUUCCUCUUCCUCCUCCACUUCCUCUUCAUCGUCAGCAGCGCUUCAUGGUGCAGCCGCGGUGGAUUUUCAGUCGUUCAGUCGUGCAGGCUCAUGCCCCGUAGAAAGUGAUAUGAAGGGCGCCGCUGGCAUUGAGCCACUCAACAGGAAGUGCGGCUCGCUUGACCUGGACUUGCCACCUCGCCAACCAUUUUUUUCCUCUACGUCUUCUUCCUCCUCCUCCUCCACAUCUUGUACUUCAAUGCUGGCCAUUCGACCGGAACCCAAACCCUUAUCACGUGAACGAUACCGCGCAGUGGUGCCGUAUCCUCCCCAGAGCGACGCUGAGAUCGAGCUGAAGCAGGGCGACAUUGUGUACGUUCAUAAGAAACGGGACGAUGGCUGGUAUAAGGGAACCCUGCAGCGCACCGGACGUACCGGUCUCUUCCCCGGCAGCUUUGUUGAGAGUUUUUGAUCAUAUAGAGACGCUUAAAAGCACAGCAAGAGUUACAGAAUGUUAUUGUUUAAUGUUAUUGU